AUGUGUUCUCGUGGCGCUGUCUUCAGGUUGGUGCUGACGGUUUUCAGCACCCUGGAGAGCGGCUGCGAUCUGAAUGAUAAAGCAGCUAGGGAAGUGUGGAUCUACUUAAACUCCAGUCUUUACUACGUCUCUACUGAGAAGAAGAACUGGACUGAGAGCAGAAACGACUGCAGAAAGAGAGGAUCAGACUUGGUGAUCAUCAACAGCAGAGAAGAACAGGUCUUCAUUAACACAUUGAGAAAAGAUCAGCUGGUUUGGAUUGGUCUGAGUGACGGUGAAACAGAGGGGGUCUGGAAAUGGGUGGACGGAUCAGAACUGAUCACUGGGUUCUGGUACCCUGGAGAACCCAACAGUAAGGGAGAUGAGGACUGUGGUUUAUACGGCUAUGGGUCUGAUCCUGUGAAGAACUGGGUUGAUUAUCCCUGUAGCAACCAGUUGGUUUGGAUCUGUGAAAAGAGAGUAUAAAGAGUCUUUAU